UGUCGGCUAUAAAAUUCUCACCAAAUGAUUGGCAGAGAGAUUGAAGCCUUUUAUGCCGGACCUGGUGCAUGAGACUUAGACGAGCUUUGUCCUCGGGAGACAUAUCACUCACGAUAUUUGCAUUUUGCAGGAAAUUGUUCACUCUAUGCGUGCUAAAUUUGGGCGCUCAGGGUAGAUGGUGAUCAAAGUCGACCUAGCCAAGACGUACGAUCAAAUCAGAUGGAGCUUUGUCCGAGACAUGCUUACGGCGGCAGGUGUGCCGGAGAAGUUCACAAAUCUCACCAUGCAGUGUAUUUCCACGUCUAGAAUGCGGAUUCAGUGGAACAAUGGAUUGACAGAGGAGUUCUCUAUCUUCUGAGGACUGCGUCAAGGCUACCCCUUGUCCCUGUAUAUUUUCACCCUGUGCAUGGAGAGACUGAGUCACUUAAUUACUAAUGCUGUGGAGACCGGCAGCUGGAAACCGAUCAAGCUCUCCAAUUCAAGCACUGCUCUAUCUCAUUUGUUUUUCGCUGACAAUCUCAUCUUGUUUAGUGUGGCUAAUCCCGUGCAGGUACAAGUCAUUAACCAGUUGUUUGAAGUCUUUGGGAGUGCAUCCACACCGCAGAUUAGCAGGCCCAAGUCGAGGGUGUAUUUCUCCAAAAACAUAUCGAGUACUCUUGAAGACUCCCUCAGUAACGAAUUGGGCAUACCUCAGACCUCUAACCUGGGGCGGUACCUCGGCGUCCCGGUAAUUCACGACCGUGUUUCGAGGACAACGUUCAUGGAGCUGAUUGACAGGAUCGAUGGCCAUUUGGCAGGCUGGAGCAUAGCCACUCUAUCUUUGGCUAGGCGCAUCACUCUGACGCAAUCCGUCCUAGCAUCACUCCUAACUUGCACCAUGCAGACCACUUUCCUCCCAGCAAGUGUUCGAGAAUACAUUGACAGGAAGAUUCGAGGAUUCAUUUGGGGUAGCUCUGAAACCGGACGAGAGAUCCACAUGUUGGACUGGAGCACACUCUGUCGAUCAAAAGAAGAAGGAAGUCUUGGAAUGUGGGAUGUAACAACGUUGAACGAGACCUUUAUGAUGAAAAUAGCUUGACGUUUGAUGAAGGAACCUGAUAGUCUUUGGGCACGGGUUAUCCGAAGCAAGUAUCUUCGACCUGUGGGUGAUUCCUGGGUUCCUCGAACAACGGGACACAUCUCCAACCUAUGGAAGGGGGUUAUGCGGGUCCUUAACAGAAUUCAUGAAGCACUAAUGUGAAACAUUGGCAAUGGGUGAUCGACAAGGUUCUGGACUAACCGAUGGAUCAAUGACGGACUAGUCUUAACUGAACUGGCGGUGGGACUCCCCCAGGAGGCUUCCUCUAUAUCAGUGGCGGAGAUGGUCUUGAACAGGGAGGGGAAUAUUGCUUAUUUACAAGCCUUCCUCCCGGACAACAUGGUGGAGCAGAUAUAGAUGCAUGACAUACCCCAAGGAACAUAGUGUGAUGUGACACGCUGGUAGUGUACGGCGAACGGGGAGUUCACUCUAAAAUCGGCCUAUGAGCUUCUUGAUGAGGCGAGCCAUCCCCUACACGUCCACCCCAUCUGGAAGAAGAUAUGGAAAAUCCCAACUAUGCAGGAAAUUAGGUCCUUCUUCUGGCUAGUCGGUCAUGGCUGCCUCCUGACGAAUGUUGAGAGAAAUAGGUGUAAUUUGACGAAUGUACGCUGCUGCCCGGUUUGUGACGGAGAAGACGAGUCAGUAUCUCAUGUCCUUCGGGACUGCCCGUAUGCGAGAGAGGUAUGGUCUGACUUCCUUGGGGAUGAGCAAGAUGAGAAAUUUUUCUCCCCAGAGAUGACGAGCUGGCUGAUGCACUAUUUAUCGGGGAGAAGUAAAAAUAUAGACCCAUCUUUGUUCAUAGUUGUGUGUUGGCUGCUUUGGAAAAAUCGGAACUCUCACAUUUUUUAGAAGAGAAUUUUUGCAGCAUCUCACAUCCAGGUGACUGCUAGGAUGUUGCGAAAACAGAUCGGAGAGGCGGUGAGGAAGGGAUCAGUGGUCCUAGAAGAACAGAGGACAGGAGAAUGGAGCUGCAAUGGCUGGAGCUGGACGCAACCCCAACCGAGCUGGACCUGUGUGAAUACAGAUGGGUCGGUGAAACUUGCUGCCCAAAGCGCGAUAAUUGGUGGGGUAGUGAGGGAUGAACAGGGGUGAUUUCUGGGAGCCUUCAUGAUGAAUCUGGACGGCGGCACGAUCACCCACGCGAAUUAACGGGUGUCUUUCAGGGACUGAACAGAGCUUGGGAUCUUGGUGUGCAGAAGACUGUCCUCCGAACCGACUCUAGAACGACAAUUGAGCUCAUUGAAUCGACCACUUCUACAAGCCCGCACUAUCACCUAGUGAUGCAAGUGCGGCGGAUGAUUCAACGAGAUUGGGAGGUCCGCAUCGAGCAUACGUUUCGGGAGGGUAAUGUGGUGGGUGACUUCUUGGCUUCGACGGAUCACGAUCUUCCGGUGGGGAUGCACUUGAUUUCAGUACCCAACCCGAUGCUACAGCCUGCAGUACUGGUUGUUGUUUGAUCUUGUAGGGAGUCAACCUCCCUGAUUUAUUUUCCAGUUAGCUUGGGGCGCCUGAGCCCCUAUUCUUGCAAAAAAUUAAUAAUUGGUAAUGAUUUUAGAUUAAUCAUAUUUGAUCAGGGCAGACAUACCCAACUUCUAACCACAUAAGUAUUACGAUAUACUCAAUCGUAAUCUUGAGUUUCGUAAAUAUGAUUGUUAAGACAACUUUCAUGGUUAGGGUGUCCGACUGUGAUCUUCGUCUACUAACCCUGAUCUUUGGUCGCUUUUUCUCAUUGUGACAACACUUGGCUCGCCUGCACCAAAUUUACCCCAAUUAAUCCCAAAUCGUGCUAAGCCUUAAAAAUAAAGCAUAUGACUACUUCUACCCUGAUAUGGGCACAUUUAUGAUAAAUAUGGAACAAUAAUACGUAAGGAAUAUG